AUUAAACGAAUAGUCAAGUAUUAUUGUCUUUUGACAAAAAAUUCCUGAAUUGUAUCGAAAAAUAAUAGAUAAGAUAAAAAAAAGUGUUUUAAGUAUAUAUAAGUAAUAUAUUUAUUUAGUAAUGAUUCCAAGCACGUAAAUUGUACAAUUUGAUUAUUGGAAUUUGCAGGUGAGAGGUAAGAGAUAUUGAUAGGAUGAAAUUUGUAAUUGUGACAUUCGUCUGCAUUAUUUGUGUCAAUGCUCUAUCAGAGAAAGAACAAUGGUCGACUUUUAAGCAAAAUCAUGGAAAAAAAUACAAGAAUAUCGUAGAAGAAAAUUACCGCUUUUCCGUAUUUCAAAACAACCUCCGCGAGAUCAAUGAACAUAAUGAAAGAUAUAGAAAUGGAGAAACCACUUAUUUCCUAGGAGUCAACAAAUUUGCCGAUAGAACGUCAACUGAAUUUAAAAGUAUGUUCAAAAAUCAUAAAGUAAAUCUGCCGAAAUCAGAAAAAAUAAAAUCACACGAAUUACCAAAGGAAGUAAAGACCGCAACUAGUGUCGAUUGGAGAUCAAAGGGGUUUGUUAUGCCUGUUAGAGAUCAAGGAGAUUGUGGAAACUCUUGGCCAUUCGCUGCGGCUGCAGCUUAUGAAAGUCAACUUGCUUUUCAUAAAAAUAUAACUGUACAACUUAGUACCCAACAAUUUAUAGAUUGCGCUGUGCCUUUUGGCGAAGAAUGUAACAUUAGUGGAGACAUAAUGACUGGCUUUGCCUAUGGAUCAAUACGCAAGACAAGUAUAGUGCCCGAAUCAGAAUAUCCUUUUGUAGGUGCUCAAUCAGUAUGUAGAGCUAACUUAAGUAAAGGUAUUGUUAACAAUGCUUAUAUGUUUGUUUCCGAAUCUACAGAAAUUACUCUUGAAUAUAACAUCGGUAGGUUUGGACCUAUGGCCUCUACAAUAAAUGCAGACUGUAUCCAGUUGUACGCUGGAGGAAUUUUCAGUAACUCCUCAUGUCCAAACACACUGGAUGAUAUCAACUUUGCUCUAUUGAAUGUGGGAUAUGAUACAAGUUCUGAUGGAAUUGAUUACUGGAUUCUUAAAAACUCUUUUGGAACAGACUGGGGUGAAGAAGGAUAUUUAAGAUUAAAAAAAGGAACCGAAGAACUUGGUAUUCCCCUUCUGAAUGGGUCUCCUGAGAUUUUAGAAGAUUGAAAAUUGUUUUAAAUUGAAUGUAUUCUCAAAAUAUAUUAAAUUUAAUUUUUAU